AUGCCAAACGUUGAGCCGACGGCUGAGCCGACUGUCGAGCCGAAGCAUGAGGCUGCCUCAAGUACUUGGGGAGUUGAGGCGGAUGGAUCAGGAACUGCCCCGCCAGUGCACCCAGUGGCGGCGAAACCUUCGACAAGGUAUGAAGCUUUCGACAGCGAGGAUAUCACCAUCACUUUGCGCGUGAGCAGCAGGCUUGCAGUGGCAUUAGCGGUGGCGGAUGUUCUUGGUACGAAGAUCCCCUCGCCACCAUUAGCUGACGUGCUCGUCAACACUUCGAGGGCAGGCGGCAACUCGAUGAGGGUUUGGCUUCACGUGGAGGGCUACAAAACGCCCGUGUUCGAUGCCGACGGGGUGGUCGUCGCCACUGACUCGACGGGAUCGCUCAUCUCCGACAUGCGCCGCUACCUGCGCGCGGCGCGACAGCUCGACAUCCUCAUUUUCUUCGUGCUGUGGAAUGGCGCGGUUCUCAAACACCAGCGCGUGAAGGACCUCUUCUCCGACAUGUCGAAACUGGACAGCUACAUCGACACCGUACUCGUGCCGAUGGUGCGCUCGCUGCGCGACGAGCCCGCCCUUGGGGGCUGGGACGUCAUCAACGAGCCUGAGGGCUCCGUCGCUGCGGACGUGGCCGACCCGAACCCGUGCUACGACACCACCCCCCUCGCUCGCACUGGCGCGGGCUGGGCGCAGCCAACCGAGCCCAUACCUAUGGAGCAGGUGCUCCGCUUCGUGGGUGCCCAGGCGGCGGCGAUCCACGCCGCUGCCCCCGCCUCCCUGGUCACGGUCGGGUCGUGGUCGGAGCUCGCCUCCUCCGACGCCCUCGGCAAGCGCAACUAUUACACCGACGAGUGCCUUCGCGGAGCGGUCGGCGCGGCCGCGGCGGCUGGGGCUCGACUCGACUUUCUUCAGGUGCACUCGUAUGCCCACAAAGGCAAGUUCAACCCCACCUCCCCGUUUCUUCACUCGGAGGCAGACUUCCGCGUCUCCGCUCCGCUGCUCAUCGGCGAGUUUGUGCUCGGUCAGAAAGCCGAGGGACGCACCGCUGAGCAGCUGUAUGGCUGGGCGCACAGCCAUGCCUACGCCGGCGCGUGGGGGUGGACGGCGGUGUCGCAGCCCACCCUCUUUGCGGGCAUGGCGUCGCUCCAGGGCUAUGCCAACGUAUCGGCCGUCGCACUGACGCACGCCACGCCGCCGCCUCCGGACACGUGUAGUGACUGCUCCGACGUGCCCUCAAACACGCGCUACACUUGCGAGCAGCAGGAGCCGGCGGCGUCUACGUAUGGGCAGCCUGAUUGGUCGCACACCGCCUACCGCGACUACGUGAUGCAGACCUUGGAGGAGCAUCGCCGCCGUACCAGAUUGUAG